CAGGCAUAGACUUGUGUGGCAAUAAUAUUACAGUUCCUGUCUAGUUUUAUCCUGCUCCUCAGGCUGCUGCUAAAUUUAAGUGAGAAUUUUCCAUGAUGUGCCUCGCUCUGCUGGUGGUGUUGGUUGUUUUCAUUCUCCUGUACAGAUGGCAUAGACAGAACCAGAUCCUGCCAAACCUCUCAGAUAAACAUGUGCUGAUCACUGGAUGUGAUUCUGGAUUUGGAAACCUGCUGGCAAAGCAACUGGACCGUCGUGGAAUGCUGGUAUUGGCAGCUUGUCUAACGGAGAAAGGGGCUGAGAGCCUGAAGAGGGAGUCUUCAAGCAGACUGAAAACUGUAAUUCUGGAUGUCACUAACAGCCAAAGUGUUAGUUCUGCUGUCACGUGGGUCACUGGUAUUGUUGGUAAUAAAGGACUCUGGGGGCUGGUUAAUAAUGCCGGCAUUUCCAUUCCAACUGCUCCCAAUGAAUGGUUGACUAAGGAAGAUUUUUCUAAAGUCUUGAAUGUGAAUUUGUUGGGGGUUGUCGAUGUCACCAUCCAGAUGUUGCCCCUAAUAAGAAAAGCCCGUGGACGUAUAGUCAAUGUAGCAAGUGUUGCUGGGAGACUGACUUUCUGUGGAGGAGGAUACUGCAUGUCUAAAUAUGGAGUGGAAUCAUUCUCUGACAGCCUACGGCAAGACAUAAUUGCAUUUGGUGUUAAGGUCUGUAUUGUGGAACCUGGCUUCUUCCAAACACAGGUCACCGAUGCAAAUUUACAAAAGGAGUUCUGUCGUAAAGCAUGGGCCCGACUUCCAGAGGAAGUUCGUCAAAGCUAUGGGCAGCAGUACUUUGAAAAACAUUGCGAAACUAUUGAAUCCACUCUGUCAAAGUCCAACUCGAAGCUGUCCCUGGUCACAGACUGCAUGGAGCAUGCACUGACAGCAGUGUACCCUUGGACUCGUUACUCUGCAGGCUUAGAUGCAAAGAUCCUGUACUUACCAAUUUCUUACUUCCCUACUGUGAUAGCAGACUUUUUAAUUGGCCUUUACAAGCCUAAACCAGCACAUAGUGCUUAGCAGGCAGCACACCUGCUAUUCCCAUACAAAAAAAUAAAUAAACAGGAAAUCCUAUAUUUACUUUUGUGUACAAAGUCGACCACAAUUGCACAAUUUUAAGUUUCACAAUUAAAAUUAGUGGUGUGUCUCAGAAUUCUCAUAUUCUCUAUUUUUGUUGCACUUAUAAAUCAAUCAGCAUAACCAUUUUCUGUCAAUUUCUGUCAAUCACUUAAAACGCAUUAAGGAGAAUCGAUAGAGAUUUGCAUUUUAUACAAUUAAUAUUGUUUAUAUAACUUUUUCUUAAUCCCUGGAUCAGGACCUAAAAUAGGUUCCUUGUCUUGUUUCAGCAGUUCCUCAAUGCAUGGUAAAGGGACAUAUAAAUAUAAACUUCAGAGGUAAAUGCACAAAAUAAAUUGCUGAAGUGGUUUCGUUUUUUUACUCUUGCGAUCAGGAAAUGCAGAGGAGAAUGUAAUGAAGCGUUUUUCAGAAUCUAUUUUGUUUUACAUUGUAUUACUGUUAAAGAAUGGGUAGCUGUGUUAAUUUUAAAACUAAAGAAUGGUUUCCUAAGGAAAUGACAAA